AUGGACUACUUUUUGGAUGUCGAGUCUGCUCACAGACUGUUUUACAGUCAAGGAGCCCAAGCUCGUCGGGCAACUCUUCUCACUGUGCCCACUCUGGUGACAGCAACUUCUGAGGAUGACAUAGACCGGAGACCCAUCAGAAGACUCCGGUCUAAGAGUGAUACCCCAUACUUGGAAGAAGCUCGGAUCUGCUUCAACCUUGAUAAUGCUCGCCGGGCCACGCUGCUCACCGUGCCCACAUUAAUGGCGGCAUCUUCCGAGGAGGACAUCGACCGCAGACCCAUCCGCCGCGUCCGCUCCAAGAGCGACACCCCCUACCUCGCCGAGGCCCGCAUCUCCUUCAACCUCGACACAGCUGAAGAGGUGGAAAGACUGGCUGCAAUGCGUUCAGAUUCUCUAGUACCUGGGACUCAUACACCUCCAAUCAGAAGAAGAAGCAAAUUUGCCACUCUCGGGAGACUUUUUAAGCCAUGGAAAUGGAGGAAGAAGAAGAGUGAAAAAUUUAAGCACACUUCAGCAGCUUUGGAAAGAAAAAUGUCAAUGAGGCAAAGCAGAGAGGAGCUUAUAAAACGAGGAGUACUGAAAGAAAUUUUUGAUAAAGAUGGGGAACUUUCAAUAGCAAAUGAAGAAGGAGCUUUGGAGAAUGGGCAGCCUCUGGGCUCCGGGCUGAGCUCCAGCCAGGUGUCCCUGCCAGCCCUAGCAGAACUGGAGUCAGUCCCAGCAUCUGUGGAACCCUGCUCAUAUGAGGUGCUCCCAACCACAGAGAUCAUGGAUGGAACAGAUCCUGGCGCUCCUGUGAAACUGCCUUGUAUGCCAGUUAAACUGUCACCUCCACUACCUCCAAAGAAAGUCAUGAUUUUUGGGCCCCCUUUAGGAGGGCCAGACCUCUCUCUCUCAUCCUAUGCCACGCAGAAGAGCUCCCAGCAGCCUUUGACCCAGCAACAUCACACUGUCCUGCCAUCCCAGUUAGCAGCUCACCAGCACCAGCUCCAGUAUGGCAGCCACAGCCAGCACCUUCCUUCUGGGUCCAGCACGUUGCCCAUUCAUCCUUCAGGGUGCCGGAUGAUCGAGGAACUGAACAAAACACUAGCCAUGACCAUGCACAGGCUAGAAAGCUCUGGUUUACACACAAGUGACAGUGUUACAAAAACAGGACCUGGGGGCCUUCCAGACAUGAGACAAGUGCCAACUGUUGUGAUCGAAUGCGAUGACAAUAAAGAAAAUGUGCCUCAUGAAACUGACUAUGAAGAUUCUUCCUGCCUCUAUCCAAGGCAGGAAGAGGAAGAAGAGGAAGAUGAAGAGGAGGAUAACUCAUUAUUUACAAGCCCCCUGGCAAGGAAACUCUGUAGGAAGGACUCUUUAGCAAUCAAACUAAGCAACAGGCCUUCCAAGCGAGAGCUGGAGGAAAAGAACAUCCUCCCCAUGCAGACUGAUGAGGAGAGACUUGAACUUAGGCAGCAGAUUGGGACAAAGCUAACAAGACGACUGAGCCAGAGGCCGACUGCUGAAGAAUUGGAGCAGAGGAACAUACUGAAACCCCGGAAUGAGCAAGAGGAGCAAGAGGAAAAGCGAGAGAUUAAGAGAAGAUUAACACGUAAGCUGAGUCAAAGGCCCACAGUGGAAGAGCUACGUGAGAGGAAGAUCCUCAUCCGCUUCAGUGACUACGUGGAAGUGGCAGACGCGCAGGACUACGACAGGAGGGCAGACAAACCCUGGACACGACUCACAGCCGCCGACAAAGCAGCCAUUCGAAAAGAGCUUAAUGAAUUUAAAAGCUCUGAAAUGGAAGUUCAUGAAUUAAGUAGGCAUCUAACAAGGUUUCAUAGACCGUAGCAGAUCAAUUCUACCUGACUACUAUGCCAUCUUCAAAACAUAACUAAAAGGAACCAUAAGUGCUGGUAUUAUUCACUUCCCUGUUACGUACAAUGUAAAUCUUCCGAACUGCCUUUUUAAAAAAAAAUAAAAAAGUAGAAAAAUAAAUAUUAAAAAAAAGGAGAAUUGUAUUUACACGUGAUGAGUACUGCAGCAUCAUCAGACCUGCUGGUUCAAGCUUCAGUAACAGAAAAUACCCCUGGUGGGAAAUUGUGCCAAGACUUGGCAUCUAUGUAUAGGACUUUCCCGGCAUGUGGAUUUGCCAUACGUGUUCAAGCCCAGCUGGUGGUGCAACCAUUGUUGUCUUCAGGCACCCCUCAUCCUGACAAGCCUCUGUCAUCAACCCCAGAGAGCCCUGAGAUGGUGUUCAGGGAAUCACUUGGUCUGGAUGAAGUCUCCAAAAGAUGAGCCACUAUGGCACUAAAGCACUUACACCAAACACUCCUUUCAAGCU